GUAUGGCAACAGGCACAAGCUGCCUCCGUGACCAAACAGCUCUGAAGUUAUUUCGCCCUUAUCCCGGAUUAGGGUUAACUCUUCCGACUAACAGAUUUUCUUAGGCGCCAACUGAAACUCCUUCCAUUUCCCACUCCUCGGUACAGCUACUACAGGAAUGGGCAGCCAAACUAUUACUAGUCAUGAACGCUCCAGGACAUAUUGGACUCCGGUGAUGGAACGUUACUUUAUAGAUCUUAUGUUAGAGCAGCUUCAUAGAGGAAACAGGAGUGGGCACACUUUCAACAAGCAGGCAUGGACAGACAUGCUUAUGAUGUUUAAUGCAAAAUUUGGAUCCCAAUAUGAUAAAGAUGUUUUGAAGAGUCGUUAUACAAAUUUGUGGAAGCAAUUCAAUGAUGUAAAGAACCUAUUAGGUCAUAGUGGUUUUUCCUGGGAUGAAAGUCGACAAAUGGUGCUAGCUGACGACUAUGUAUGGGAUGUUUACAUCAAGGCCCAUCCAGAUGCACGAUCUUAUAAAACUAAAGCAGUGCUGAAUUUUAGUGAUCUAUGCCUGAUAUACGGAUAUACUAAUGCUGAUGGAAGAUACAGUCGAUCAAGUCAUGAUAUAGACUUUGAUGAUGAAGCCCAAGCUGUAAAUACAGGUGAUGGCAUUGGCUGCUCUGCACCUCCUGAUCGUCUGAGGACAGACUGGACGCUAGAAAUGGACCAAUAUUUCAUUGAGCUCAUGUUAGAUCAAGUAGGAAGAGGCAAUAAGACAUCUAAUACAUUCAAUAAGCAAGCAUGGACUGAUAUGCUUGCGACGUUUAAUGCUAAAUUUGGUCCUCAACAUGGCAAAAGGGUGUUAAGACACCGAUUUAAGAAAUUAUGGAAAUACUACAGUGAUAUUAUGAAUCUACUUCAACAAAAGGGGUUUUUCUGGGAUGAAGUACAACAGAUGGUUGUUGCUGAAGAUGAUAUUUGGGAUGCUUAUGUCAAGACACACCCAUUUGCACGAAGUUAUAGAAUGAAAGCUUUACCAAACUACUAUGACUUGGUCCUCAUAUAUGGGAAUGUAGAUAAUGAGAAUCGGAAUCAGUUGCAUCUAGAUAAAAACCUUCAAGAAGACAUAUCAGAGGUAAAGGGUGGAGAAACAAAUGAGAAUCAAAUGCCUACCCUCGGUGACCGUACAAGAACAUAUUGGACACCCCCAAUGGAUCGUUACCUUAUAGACUUGUUACUAGAACAGGUGCAUAGGGGCAAUAAAAUAGGUCAGACAUUCGUAAGUCAUGCUUGGAUUGACAUGGUUACUGCUUUCAAUGCCCAAUUCAGAGCUCACCAUGACAAGGAUGUUCUGAAAAAUCGAUACAAGCAUUUGAGACGGUUGUAUAAUGAAAUAAAGAUUCUUCUUGAACAGCGAGGAUUUUCAUGGGAUGAAAGUCGCGAAAUCGUUACUGCUGACGACUACGUUUGGGACACUUAUACUAAGGAACACCCUGAUGCCCGAUCUUAUAGAGUUAAGACUGUACCAAGCUAUCAUAAGUUGUGUAUUAUAUUUGGUGAAGAAUGUCCCGAUAGAAGAUAUAGCCGUUUGGCCCAUGAUGCUGACCCAAGUAAUGAAGUACCUGUUCUGAUGACUGGUGAUGAUCAAGUCCCUGCUGGACCUUUACCUACGACGGAUUGGACACCACAGAUGGAUUGCGCUUUUAUUGAUCUUAUGUUAGAGCAGUUGCAAGAAGGAAAUGCCAUUGGCCAAGCAUUUAGUGAGCAAGCAUGGACUCAAAUGAUCAUAUCGUUCAAUGAGAGGUUCAAACUUCAAUGUGACAGAUUUGUUCUAGAAGAUCGUUAUUUCUGGUGGAUGAAGCAACACAAUGAAAUCUACAAUCUUCUCAAUCAUAGUGGGUUUGUGUGGAAUGAAUCUGGACAACUGAUUACUGCUGAGGAUGAUAUCUGGGAAGCUUAUGGAAAGGAACAUCCAGAUGCCCUUAUGUACAGAGACAAAUUCUUAGGCUACUAUACCAAUUUGUGCAAGAUUUUCGGAAAUGUAGUAGAUAAAGUAGUCAUUGGUCAGUGUACGGCCGAAACCGAUCACGAGAAUCUGGAGAUAAAGAUGGAUGGAAAUGGACACCUACAAUUAACGUCUAGAGAUAUUCAAAUUUCUGAACAGAGGAAGCGUCCAUUGGAGACGAUAUCAUCAGACAGAGGACUCGAUAAGAAAGUGCAUAGAACCGAGAACAGCGUGCAAAAAACUCUCUCCGAGAUGGCAGGUGUUGUCACCAGAUUGAUGAACAUGAAGCAGCACAAUAACUACAAAGUAGUAGAAGGUGCAAUAGAUGCACUUCAGGCUAUACCGGAGAUCGAUGACGAUCUUAUGUUAGAUGCUUGCGACCUCUUAGAAGACGAAAAGAAGGCGAAAACUUUUUUGGCCUUGGACGUAACCCUGCGAAAGAAGUGGUUACUAAGGAAGCUUCGUUCUCUAUAAAAUCAUUGACAACAGGUAUCAAAGAUUCCUUUAUGCCAAGUAUUUUGCAAAGUUCCUUAUUAGUUUAUAGAGUAAAAUAGGAAUGAUGUUGAUAGUUUCCCAUAUUAUUAUGUUCUAGUUUUGUCCAUCUCUCCAUGAUAGAUCGUUGAAACGUAUAGUCAUAUUUUACUUAUGAUAUGAAAGUAUUUUGCAAAGUUCCUUGUUAGUUUAUAGAAGGGAAUAAUGUUAAGUAUAAAAAUGGAAAAAGGUUUCACUUCUCUUUCAA